AUGAAACAUUUAUUUGAAGAAGUAGAUGAAAAAAUGAAUGAAAAAUCUGAUAAACUCAAUAGUUCAUUAAUUCUUCCCUUCAGUAAGGAUUAUCAGUUCUGUUCAAACGGUGUGUAUUUCUAUUGCGGAAAAAUGGGUUCGGGAAAGACUUUUAAUUUAAUACGUCAUAUUUUAAUUACUGAACGGUUAGGCUCUGAACACGCUAAAGGCGUGUUGAGCUCCGAAGGAGCGAAUUCAUAUUAUGACCAAAUCAUUAUAUCAGCAACUUCAGAUUCAAUGGAUUCAACAGCGAAGACGUUUAUGAGUAAAGUUCAGGCAUCAGUAAUUAAAGUUCCAGAUAGCGAAUUAAUUUCUUUUCUUCAACGUUAUAUAAGAAGAAAGAAGAAAUAUUAUGCAAUAGUUGAAUUUAUACAAUCAGGAAUGCAAAAGACCUCGGAAGAAAUGGAAAGAAUUAUUGAUAAACAUCAUUUGAGACAGCAGGAUGGUACGUAUGAUAUGAAACGAUUGACAAACUACAUUCUCUCAAAACUUUCAAAAUAUCCUUUUAAAAAAUAUCCAUCAAACACUUUAUUAGUUUGUGAUGAUUUCGCUGGUAAAGGUUUAGUUUCAAAACCAGAUUCACCAUUAGCUAAUUUAAUUACUAAAGUCAGACAUUAUCACAUGACUGUAGCAAUACUAAUGCAGACGUGGAGGUUUUUAGCUUUAAACAUUAAACGUCUCAUUACUGAUUUCGUUAUAUUUCAAGGUUUCUCAAAAUACGAUAUAGAAUUAAUUUGGAAGCAAUCAGGUAUAACAUUACCUUUUGAUGAAAUCUGGGAUGCUUAUAAAUCACUCAUUUCACCACGUUCAUAUUUAGAAAUUCAUAUAAUGACUAAUACAAUUAAUGUUAAAAAUAUACCUUGGGAAAGACCAACAUUAUUUUAA